GAUGUCAAAUAUGACAUGAAUAAACUUGCAUAUUAGAAAAAGCGAUAAGAAAUUAAAAGCAAUGAAAUAAAAACUUCGUCUGGAAUGAGAAAUGCUAAUUCUUUACGCCUUGACAAUCCUUUUGGAAUGUUUGAAUUUCGUAUCUUGCACCGCCAAACAGAACCUUAAAAGGCAACAGAAUAAAGACCAAUAUAACGUGGCAGAUUUAUACGAGGACGAUGACCAAUCAAAUAGGCCCCGAAGUCAAACGGGCGAAGACAUAGAAUUUGAACCAGUAAACCCUUUGACUAAAGACAAAGAGAAACUAGUCGUUGUAAAGAACAUAAAUUGUGAUGAUUUCUCUAAAUAUGCAAUGAAUUGUACGGUUGAAGCAGCAUUGAUGUAUAACUCUAGUAGGAAGUCGCCGCCAAUGCCUGCUAAAGUUGGUGAUUGGUGCAAAGCAAUACGCCACCUCACAAACUGUGCUAUAGACUGGAAUUCAGAUUGCAAAGAUGUAACGGAGAGCCAUUUCAAUGAAGAGAGUAUCCGUGGCCAUAUGCAUGUUGUCAACAACGUCUGUGAUGAUGAAUGGUUUCUGAGCAGAUACGACGUACUGCCGAUGUGUAUCGACGGAGCCUCCGACGCUUGGGAGACUUGUUACACGAGCUUUAAGACUACCGUAGAUGAACAGAAGAACACAACACACGAAUGGACUCACUAUGAAACGCACUUCUUUAUGUGUUGUGCCCGGGCUCUGUUUCGUCGCUGCACGUUGGAUGCGCUUUUCGACAUGCCAGAAGUUUGUCCGUACGAACAAGCUGUCACGUUGCAGAAAUUCUCCGUUAUUGUCUCCGAAGGUGACGUUUAUCAGGACUGUGACACCAACAUGAUGUACGUGAACUGCCCUGGUGGUGACCCCCGACCCUCAGGCAAGUCGCUAGCCAAGCUGAUGAACGCAGAUGGCUAUAAUAGUCCAUCGUCUGCCGUCACGAACCAUGCUUCAGUCCUCGUCAUCUUAUGUUUGAUCUGCCUUUGUGAACUGCUGAAGUAAAACUGUACUGCAUUGUUUUAGAGUUUUUUAUUUUUGCAAAAAAAUAA